AUGAAGCCAACCCAAGAAAACUAUGUCCCUUCUCAUCCAGAUAUAUGUAUUGUCGAAUUUAGCCGUGACGGACAGUACAACUCAUGCUUGCGGGCAACGGCGUCGUUCAAGGCAGGCCAAAUUCUUGUCCCGUUAAGGGGCUUGACUCCUGCUCCUCAGCGCGCGUAUACAUCUGUUCAAUGCGGCCCGGCCCGCGAGGACAACAUCGAGCUCAAUUCAGACCUUGUCUACGUGAACCACUCGUGUAACCCCACAGUCGCGUUUGAUCUCUCGUCCAAAGACCCUGCACGAUGGCACCUUCGCGCCCUUCAAGAUAUCAGCGAAGGGGACAUCCUUACUUUCUUUUAUCCAAGCACAGAGUGGGACAUGGACCAACCAUUUGACUGCCAAUGCGGUGACCGUACUUGCUUGGGCAAGAUCAGAGGCGCAAAAUAUCUGUCCGUCCAGGAGUUAAAAGGCCGAGGAUUCAUCAACCAAUGGAUCUGGGAUUUAGUUGCACUGAGAGACGGAAGGACGGUUACUAAGUCCCACCUCUGA